AUGUCAAGCGAACGAGUCAACCUAUCGAUCGAGUUCCAUCAGAAUGAUGGACACGUUCAGAAGCGUGUGGUCAAGGUCGACUUGAACACAAAGGUGGGCGAGGCCAUUCGAUUGUUACUGGACAAGUUUGGAAAGUCAAGUAGCGAGGGCACAUCAUCGCUCUAUCAACUAUCAAUCACUCCCAGGUCAUCCUCCACGCCUCAACAAGUCUUGGCAGAUGUCCACAAGUCACUACAUUCAUAUGGUAUAAAGAAUAAUGAUGAGUUGACAUUGAGAAGACGACAAAAGAAGAAUCCAGCCACAGCUAAACUUGCAAAGAAGAAGCCAGAUGGUAUAUUUAAGACAUUGUUCUCAGUGUCGACGUUGGAGUUCAAGUUUGGUGACGAGAAGACCUUUGCCAACAUCACAGACGUAGAGGGACGCUCCGAAGUGCCCUUACUAUUCUUCAACGUACUCAACUAUCUCGAGAACUACUUUAACAAUCAAAUAUCAAAGAAGACAAAUGGAGCAUUCGAAAUAUCAAGCUCAUUCCAACAUUAUGGAGUGGAGGGAACACAGGAAUGCAUCGACUUGCUGCGGUGCUAUAAUAAUGUUGCCAGCGAUACAGGUGACAAUUACGACUUUACACAGCAGGGCAAGGUGAACAUAAGGACGCUGUGCAACUUUAUACUGUAUCUGCUGCAGAACACGUUCACAGAGACCUCUCUCACAUACACUCUAUACACAACGUUUCUAAAGUCGACGACACUCGAGUCCAAGUCCAACCUGCUCUACGAGACGCCACCAAAGAACCGCAUCGUCCUCAAGCAGAUCAUGCUGUUCCUCUCACGCAUGAUUGCCAAGGACGCGUCACUGCUCGACACGCUCUCGACAAACAUCGCGCCCUUCAUUCUCGGGCGCAUCGAAUCGCCCAAUUCACAUCGGUCGUCGUCACUCUCCUCGCCCACCGUCAAUCCAGAACACUUCUUUGUCGUCAACAAAGACCUCAGUCCCGAGGAGCUCACCCUCUGCAAGAAGGUGGCGACAGACCUAAUCCAGAACAUCAGUCAGUACUUGUUGUACUCACCUAUAAGCUUGCCACUGAUGGAAGGCGAGAAGACAUUGUUCUCAGCAGAGAAUAUCAUAUGCAUUGACAAGUGCAACUAUCCACCGAGCGUGGCAACGUUGGGCGAGUUGUGGGUCACGAACUAUAGGAUCAUCUUUAUCAACGCGCCUCAUCACACUGGCAAUCCCUCGUCGUCAUCAUCUUCCAACUCGAUCCAUUCAAACUACUCAUCAGCGAUUCAUCCCAACAGCAGCAGCGGCGCCGUGCCGGUGCUGCAACCGUCGAUCUCCUCGAGCAACUUGCGCGAGCCACACCCGCAGCUGCAUCGCCAGCCCACCUCCAUGUCGGUCACGUCGACCAGCUCGACGGGCUCGGCGAAUCAGCCGCCCCACCACUCCGAUCAGGGCGCCUCAACCACCACGCCGAUCGGCUUCACCUCCUCGACCAGCUUCAGCUCGGUGUCGGUGCUCAACGAGCGCCUGACCACGUUGGAGAACACCGAGAUCCCGCUCAGUCUCAUCUAUCGUUGGAAGCCACUCAAGUCCAGCCCCAACAUCGAAUCGUUCAAGAUCUACUGCAAGGACUUUAGGUGCAAGGUCAUUGGCUUCAUGACAAACUCGCCGCAACUGGCGUUGUUCCGUGGCGUGCUCGAGUCGAUCCGCGCGCCCACCGUCGACUCAAUGUUUGCGUUCACCUCGCAUGAGGCCGGACUUGGAAUGGCCGAGAACUACACCGAUCAGCUGAUGGAGGAUUACAAGCGCCAGGGCAUCUCGUGGGAUGAGUGGCGCGUCAACAACACUAUUUCGACGCUCAAGAUCUCCGACGCAUACCCUCUGUGGUCCGUCGUACCCAAGACUAUAAGCGACAACAUUGUUAUACAUUCGGCGCUGUUCCGUGCGUACAGAUUCCCCGCACUGUCGUGGCAGCACCCGGUGCAUCGCGUCAGCAUCACCAGGGCGUCGCGACCCGACCUGAACAACACGACGCCCACCAUCUCAUCGAUGGGAGGUGCACCUCCACAGUCGCCAGUGAUCACACCUCGCACGCCACCCUCUAGCCCAAACGCCCGCCACUCACAGUCGCCUCUGCCGUGCAACGAGGACAUUGAGUUUUUGCGCGAGAUAUCGGCUAUCACCAAUACGGGUCUGCUCACUGUGUAUGACUCGGGAGCACCCAACAACCAGGCAUCAGCGAUGAUUGGCUGCAAGUUCCAAUUCCUCAACCUCCAGCCGAUACUGACGGUGCGCGACGCCUUCCAGACGCUGUUACACUUGCACAACGCGCAUCCCACCGACAAGAAGUGGACCGAGACGACCAAGUUCCACUGGCUCAACCCCAUGAAGGAGAUACUGACGGCAGCCAUCAACAUUGCCACGACAAUCGAGCAGGGCCUGUCGUCCGUGCUUAUCCAGGGCAACAGCAAGGAGAUUGACACUGAGGCACAGCUGGCAAGUCUGAGUCAGCUGAUCCUCGACGGUCACUACAGGACAUUGGAGGGCUUCCGCAUGCUCAUUGAGAAGGAAUGGUUGGUCUACGGCUAUCCAUUUGGCCUGCGAUGUGGACAUGACAUUGUGCGACCAACAAAGUCCGCGGCGGGCGCAUCCACUUCCCCAUCCGAGGGAAGCCAGUUUGAGCAGUUCUCGCCCACAUUCAUGCAGUUCAUAUUCCUCGUGUGGCAGCUGUGGAAGGAGUUCCCAUCGGCCUUCCAGUUCAACGAGCAAUACCUGCUAUCGCUACUCGACAAUGUGUACUCGUGUCGCUUCGGCACGUUCAUGGGCAACAAUGUAAAGGAUCGCGAGGAUAUCGUCUUUGGCAAGACGCGCUCAUUCUGGUCGUACGUCACGGUCAACCAGCAUCAGUUCACGAACGACGCGUACGACCCACCCAAGAAAUCAUUCCUCAGCUGCAACAGGGUCUAUCAGGACGCGAUGUGGAGCGAGUUCUUUUAUCGACAUUGCUUCAAGUCACAGUUUGCGCUUGAGCGUCUUGAGGAGCGCGUGCGAUGGUCGCUCAGCGAAGACGCCCUGGAGUGCGUCAAUCAAAAGUUGUACAUACUGCCCGAUGCCGCGCUGUCCAGCCUGACGCACCUGCGCAAGCUGAACCUCUCGCACAACCUGCUCAACACGCUGCCCAUCGGGCUGGCCAAGCUGACGCAGCUCGAAUCGCUCAAUCUCGAGGACAACCAGCUGGUCAACCUGUCCGAGGAGACGAUCGCUAUCUUUGCCAAGAAUCUGAAGUGCCUGCGCGAGGUCAACUUCAGCUCCAACCUCUUUGAGUAUCUGCCGCAUACGUUCAUUCUGUUUGGCGCGCAGCUCAAGUCGCUGAUCAUUCGCAACAACAAGUUCACCCGCAUACCUGACGUCAUUGACGAGAUGGACAGCCUGACGACGCUGGAUCUGUCUUGCCAGGUGGUGCCCAUUACCAUCCCUAACAUGCAUCGCCCGUCACUCACCUCACUCAACCUCUCCGAGACAGGCAUGACGACGAUGCCCGACGAGAUUGGCAACCUCACAUCGCUGCGUAUACUUCGCGCGCGCAACAACCGACUGGAUUCGCUCCCCGCGUCCAUCGCCAAACUCACACAACUCGAGGAGCUCUACCUCGACUGCAACAAGAUCACUCAGCUGCCCUCAGAGAUAUGCCAGCUGACACAGCUUCACAUUCUGAGCUUGGAGGAGAACAACAUCAAACAGCUGCCCAGCGACAUAUCCAACUUGACACAUCUGAUCGAACUCAAUCUGCGAAAGAACUCGCUGGACAUACUGCCGGCCUCGAUCGGCCAGCUGUUCAACCUGCGUGUUCUCAACCUGAUGGACAACAAUCUCACAUCGCUGCGGCCCACCAUGGGACUGCUCACACAGCUGACCACGCUCAACCUUAACAACAACCCACUCAAGACGCCUCCGCCCGAGAUCCGGUCGCAGGGCAUCCAAGCCAUACUCAACUAUCUGGUCGAUCUCAUCAAGGGCCAGGAGCAGUGCUAUCGCAUGAAGCUGAUGAUCGUCGGCCAGGAGAACGUCGGCAAGACCAGUCUGCUCAAGGCGCUGCGCGACAAGAAGCGCAAGCUGCCGCCCGGCCCAAACAUCUCGACCGACGGCAUCGUCAUUGACAACUGGGUGUUCCCCGGCAUGUUUGAGGAGUUGGACGAGAACAACCGACUGGUCAAGAAGAAGCAGGACAUCAACCUCAGUGUCUGGGACUUUGCUGGACAGGAGAUCUACUACACCACACAUCAGUUCUUCCUCUCGGAGAGGUCCGUCUAUCUCGUGGCUUGGAAUGUCAUCUUGCAGGAGGAGGACUCGCGCGUUGAGUUCUGGCUACAGUCGAUCACAACGCGCACCAAGGAUGCGCCCAUCAUCAUCGUGGGCACACAUCUGGACGAGUCCAACAAGGGCUCGACAAAGUCGAUCAAGAAGCGCAUUCGCGAGAAGUACUGUGCUCGCUUCCCUUCGAUCGUCGACGUGAAGCUGGUGAGCUGCACAUCGGGCAAGGGCAUCAACACGCUACGCGAGCGUAUCGAGGAGAUCAUCGCCAGCCAACCCACGAUGGGCGAGUCGCUGCCCUGCAGCUACAUGCUUCUGGAGAACCUUGUCAAGGAGGAGACCAAGAAGCGCGUCAUCCCCACGAUUCCCUGGCCCGAGUUCAUGCAGCUCGGCACGAUAUGCACGAUCCGCGACGAGGCCGAGCUGCUGCGUGCCACCAUGUUCCUGCACCAGCUGGGCUCGCUCGUCUACUUCCCCAGGGAGGCCGGACUCAAACAGUUUGUGAUCCUGGAUCCACAGUGGAUCACCGUGAUGCUGUCGUCCAUCAUCACCACCAAGCACAGCUACUCAAAGGACGGCAUCCUGCACCACAAGUCACUCAAGCAGAUCUGGCGUCCUCCACACUAUCCAGAGCACUUGCAUCCGCACCUCAUCGCACUGCUCGAGAAGUUUGAGAUCUCUUACAAUGUUGGCGCGCGCCACAAGGUUGGCCAGGCGAGCCUGGAGACUAUCGACGAGAAUGCGCAGUCGCUGAUCCCGUCGCUGCUGCCCAACGAACGGCCGGCCACAUUCGCCUCACAGUGGCCCGCGUACAAUGACAAAGCACACGACGUGCAGUAUGGCCGCAUCUACAAGUUUGAGUUCGUGCCCAACGGCUUCUUCUCACGAUUGAUGGUGCGCAUCCUCAACUUUGCCAAGGCCGAGGCCAAGUGCUAUUGGCGCAAUGGCAUGCUUCUGCAGCACGACAGCGAACAGAUCUUCAUUGAGAUGGACAAUGCCAAGAAGCAGCUCAACUUCCAGGUGCGCGGCAAGCAGUCAGCGUCACUGUCACGUGACGUCAUCGAAACGAUCCAGUCGCUGCUGGACGACUCGUUCCAGCUGACCACGCAGAUCUUCAUCCCGUGCAUCCAUUGCAUUCUCAACAACAACACCAACCCAUUCAAGUUCCCUCUGGAGGUGUGCGAGAACGCCGCCGUCAAGGGCAUCACGUUCCUUAAGUGCCAGAACCAGUUCGCCGUGCGCACCGAGCUACUCGUGCCCGACCUGGCCAUGUCCAACUUCACCGGCUCCAAGAUCGCCUACGCCGACCUGCGCGUUGAGGACCUGAUCGGCGAGGGUGGUGCUGCGCUCGUGUACCGUGGCCGCUGGAAGGGCCAGACUGUCGCCAUCAAGAAGCUCAAGACCGUGGGCAACGCACAGCCUGGACCAGGCGGAAGCAUCGAGAUCAACGACAUCUCUCUAUCACGUGCGUUCAACGAGUUUAGACGCGAGUGUUGGAUCAUGAGCAGUCUAGAGCAUCCAAACAUCGUUCAGCUGAAGGGCCUUUGUCUGGACCCACUGUGCAUCGUCACCGAGUACCUGCCCAAUGGCAACCUCUACCAGUUCCUACACCAGCCCAGCCAGAGCAUCAGCUGGGUGCUUCGACUCAAGAUCGCGCUGGACAUUAGCAGUGGAAUGGCCUUCCUGCACAGUUCGACGCCGCCCAUCAUCCAUCGCGACCUCAAGUCACCAAACAUCUUGCUCGUGUCGACCGAUGAGCAGGCGCCCACCAUUGCCAAGGUGGUCGACUUUGGUCUAUCCGGCCUGCAACACACCAUCACAAACAAGGGCGUGGAGAACCCCGUCUGGCUGGCGCCCGAGAUCAUCCAGAAGCACGAGGCCUCCACCCAGAGCGAUGUCUACGCAUUUGGAGUCAUCCUAUGGGAGCUGCUCACGUUCAAGGACUUCUUUGGUGAGCUGGGCUUCAUGAGUCUGAUAGAAGACAAAGUGGUGAGUGGCGAGCGACCUCCAAUCCCCGAGUCAUGUCCACCGGCAUACGCACGUCUUAUAAACGACUGCUGGCAGAAUGAGACCGCGCAGCGUCCACCUUUCUCAGAGAUUGAGGACAGGAUCAUGGCGAUCGUCACUGAUAUGUUCCCCAAUCUUCAGCUGACCGAGCCGACCAACAACACACAGCGCAGAAAGACAUUGCGCUCAUCGCAACAUCGAAGAGCGCCAAGCGGCAGCAGUGAAGCCUCCGACAUCACUAUGUCUACCAACUCAAUGAAGAACCCGAACGACACGACAGGUAUCAACAGCAGCGUGGCCAGCACGAGCAAGGGCAACCUGCUAGACUACUCCAUGGCAUCGAUGUCCUCUACAUCCACGACCACCACUACCACCACCACCACCACGUCCAACUUCAACCUGAGCAACAGCAGUGUGAUGACACUGAGCUCCAGCCAGCUGGCCAAUAUGAAGAAGAGUCAGGAUGGUCUGAGCGUGCUCACCGAGAGCCAGGAGGAAGGCUUCUUCAAGUCGCUGGCCAAUGGCAGCUCACCCAUGAUGGGAUCAUCAUCAACGAUCAAGCCCCCCACCACCAACCAGCAGCAGCAACAGACAAAGAACUUCUAUCACAAUGCCAAGCGAAGCUCAAUGACAGUGCAGCCAUUCCAGCAUCAUUUGAAGCAGGAGAUGACAUGUGGCGAAGGCUCCAUCCAAUGCAUGGUGGUGGCCAACAACAAUGUCUGGGCAGGAACAGGCAGCGGCGCGAUCAUCGUAUGGAACAAGGACAGCGGCGAGAAAGUGGCGAUGUUCAAGGCACACACCCGACGCAUCCACUGUCUCUACACGUACAUGAACAACGUGUGGAGUGGCUCUGCCGACAACAACGUCUCGAUCUGGAACAUUGACAACUUCUCCCUGGUCAAGACAUUCAGCGGCCACUCUCCAACAUGCUUCACAAGCGUCGGCCACACAAUGUGGGCAGGUUCCAUCAUCAAUGUGAUCCACAUCUUUGACAUCAAGAAGAAGGUCAAGUUCAAGGGCAAGAUCGCACUCGAAUCGGGUCCCGUCGAGGCCAUCUUGAAGCGCGAGCAGGAGGUGUGGGUGGCACUCAACAACAACCUGGUCAGGAUCGACAUCAACUCACAUCGAAUCACACAGAAGAUCAAGGGCCACGAGAAGGCUAUCCACGCCAUCAUCGAGGUCGACAGCACGAUCUGGACGUGCUCCAGCGACGGCACCAUCAGAGUAUGGGGUGCGCAGUCGGGCCAGCACAUGGCCACUAUCCAGGCGCACACCAGUCGUAUCUUCUGUCUGGCACUUGUAGGAGACUACGUGUGGUCUGGCUCAUGGGACACAUCGAUCAAGAUCUGGAACACUAAGGACUACACGCUGGUGGGUGAGAACCCCAGCAAGCAGAAGGAUGCCAUCAGUUGUUUUGUCAGCACUACGACGGCCAGCCGUCAGCGACAGGUGUGGAGUGGCAGCUGGGACUCAUCGGUGGCCGUGUGGACGGUCGGCCAGCCCGGCCAGCUCAACUCAUCGUUCAACGCCAGUCUCGAGAUGUACGGCAUCCCGCAGACGUCAUCGUCGUCGUCCGAGUCGCCAUCGGUCGGUGGCUCGCCAUCGCCCUUCUCUUCCAGCCAGAACGUCUCACCGAUAAUGGUCAGCUCCAAUGGCGGCACGGAUCACAACACAUCGACCGAUUCGAUCUCACAGUCAUUGCCUGCAUCCUCUUUGCUCACUGGCAUGCCAUCGUCAUCCAACCUAUCCACCUCACCACCCGGCAACUCUACACUCAGGAGUCAUGCCCGAAGAACUGUAUCAUUCAUGUUGGACAAGUUCAACAAGUCAACCAAGUAA